GCGCAUGUGCAAAUCCUCGCAGGCAAGCGGAUCUUAGAAACGGCCGCUCGGGACUAAAGACCCAGCUUGCAUCGCAGUCUCGCGAGGACUACCGCUCUCAGCAUGCAACGCUCCAUUUUCAUCUCCAUGGAGACUAAAGAGUUCUAACCUGCUGCGCCGCCGGGCCAGGGGAUAAUCGGAGCGGUGCACGCUGGGAAUCGUAGUCCACGUGGCUCGGAGUACUCCCGCUGGCCGGGCAGGGGCUGCUGCCGCGGCGGAGAGCGGGGCUCGGCGUGGGCUUCCCCGGGGCCGAGGGAGGGACUUGGCCACGCUCAGGCUGCAGCCUAACAUCUGCUCCCAGCCGCCCGCCCUGCAGGCCGCAGCACCGGGCACAGUGAGUCCCGUGCGUGAGGUGGGUAGGGCUGGGCUGGAGCCUUCUUCGCCGCCCUGCCCCUGCCGCUGCCCCGCGAUGUGACGGCCGGACCGCCGGGCCUUUCAGCUGCGCCCAGGGCCCUCCGCUGGGGUGUGGGACGAUUGGGGUUGGGAAACUCCGCUGUCCACUCAGGCGCAGGACCCGUCUUCUGGCGCGUGUGGCAGUGGGGCUCGCCCCUCGGUACUCGCACACAGUAAACUUCCGUGCGGAAAAGCCACCCGAGCAUUUGCGGUUGCAGAGACCCCUUUGGAAAUCUUAAACAUAGUUUGCAAACCUCCUCGGGGGCCAUGGACCAGCCGUUGAAAACCACGGGUCUACACUGGGGCAGUGAUGUGUGCCCAAUCCCGCAGGCAGAGGGCUCCAGUGCCAGCCACUGCUGCUGGAUAGCUCUGCCCACCAGCAAGGCAAACAAUGGUUCGUAGCGGAAAGAAUGGUGGGCUCCAUCUGAAACAAAUCUCCUAUUACAAACGAACAGGAGAAUAUCAUCCAACUACGUUAGCAAGUGAGAGAAGUGGAAUAAGAAGAGCAGCCAAAAAAUUUGUUUUCAAAGAAAAUAAGUUGUUCUAUGUGGGAAAAGACAGGAAACAGAUGCGUUUGGUAAUUGUUUCAGAUGAGGAGAAGAAGAGAGUGCUGCACAAAUGUCAUGAAAGUGCUGCAGGUGCUCAUCAUGGCAUAUCGAGGACUCUGACUCUGGUGGAGUCUAGUUAUUACUGGACUUCCAUAACAAAUGACGUCAAACAGUGGGUGUAUGCUUGCCAGCAUUGCCAGGUGGCAAAGAAUACAGCCAUUAUAGUACCCAAAUUACACCCUAUCAAAGCAGAGGAUCCAUGGACUGCAGUCGCAAUAGACCUAAUGGGACCUUUUAAUACCACGAGCAGAAACCAUAUGUAUGUCAUAAUGAUGACCGACUUGUUCACAAAAUGGGUGGUGGUUCUGCCACUACAAGACACUUCAGCGGUAGAAAUUGCUAAGGCAAUUGUCAGUGUGUUUUUCUUGUAUGGACCGCUUAAAAAAAUGGUUAUUGAUCAAGCAGAAGAGUUUGUUCAUCAGAUCAACAGAGAACUGUUUGAGCUCUUUGGAAUGAAACAAAUAGUAUUGUCCUAUCCUCAGACAGAUGACACAAAUGAAAGAACGUGCAAGACAAUCAAAACUUUCCUGAACAAAUACUGUGCCGACCACCCCAAUGACUGGGAUGAUAAUUUAUCUGCCAUUGCAUAUGCUUUUAACUUGACUCCCAUGGAGCCAGUCCAAAACACACCAUAUUUCAAAAUGUUUAAUCGUAACCCUUAUGUGUCCGAGACUUCAAAUGUACUGCAGGAAGCACAAGAGGAUAAUAAAUGUAUGUUUGCCAAAAUCCUUGAAGCAAUUAAACAGGCUGAUCGAGUAUUGGAGGAAAGGAAAGCUACAAAAUGCCAGAUUGUGAAAAAUAGGAUUGAUGAACAGCAAACUGGAAACAAGGUCAAUAUUAAAAGGAAACCAAAGCAAGUAAAUCCAUUUCAUCUUAAAGUUGGACAUGAAGUACUUAGACAAAGGAAAAACUGGUGGAAAGAUGGCCGUUUCCAGUCAGAGUGGGUUGGUCCCUGUAUUAUAGACUACAUCACAGAUAAUGGAUGUGCAAUACUAAGAGAUACCACAGGAUCCAGACUAAAAAGACCCAUCAAAAUGUCUCACCUUAAGCCAUACAUAAGAAGAUCCAAAGGACAAGACAACCAUUAUCUCUUACAAGGUACAAUAGUGGUUGACCAUGACUACAUUGGCUUAUCGGAAAGUUCGUAUGGGCCAUGCCUACAAAACACCAUUGUCGAAGGGGAAGUAAAUACCCUUGCAGCAAACAAUCUGCUUCCUCCACCCUGCAAAGACAGUGAACCAUCAGAAUGUAAAAGUCAGUCUGUGUUUAUCGAAGAUCAUAGCAUUCUGCCAGCUAAUUCAAAUCCAGAGCAAUGGUCUUCAACCUGCUGGACUCUUCAAACCAAGAUAGAGGAUACUUAAGUAAAUAAAACCCCACAAUGUUUCGCUAGAAGAAAUGGUCCUCAACUUCUCUGGUGGAAUAGAAAGGGCUCUAGUAGCUUUCAAUUCCUUAGCCAAGUUUUAAAUAUGGAAUGUUAGAUACUUGUAUUUACAACUGUAUAUGUUUGGGAAUAAUAGUACAUGUCUGGUAAUUAGUUUGUAUAUAUGCACUGACAUGCUUAUGAUUGUUUUACAAGGAAUAUGGGAAUAGUUUAGUUUAGUAAAAGCACAUUACACCACUAUACAAUGGGACUUAACUCUAAUCGGCAGUGUGAUUAUAGACUAACAGUAUGGUCUUAUCCACAGCGCGUUAGUCCUUAACCACAAAAGUACAGCAUAGCAUUCAUUUUAUGGCAUCUUCACUAGUCCUGUGGGUGGCUCAAGAGCUCUGAGAACUCUAGGACUGUAAGAUGAACAACGUGACCACAGUCUGCCUCCAGCUCCAGGAAGGCGAGGUGGUUCACACUCUCCUACAAUUCUACAACUUUGUUUCCAGCUCUUUGGGAAAGUCAUGAGCUCUGCCUUUUAUACCUUCUAUUCUUCAUUGCUGGCGCAAGCCUCUACAACCACAUGAAACAGCAGAGCUGCCAAAGUGCAGUGCAAGAACCGGUCUGCUUGAGAAACAAACAGCCCUACAGCAACAUGGGCAGAAUUUCACCAGUUUUACUCCCAGCCCAUCAAAACACUGUUAGAGAAAGGAGGUUUUUAAGAGUCUGUUAGGCAUGUUGAGGCUGCGUAAAGCACAUACAGGGGCUGUCUCUGCUUAUCUCCAUAUCAUCUUCAAAGCAAAUCUCAGAGAUGUAGCCUCCUUGCAGCAUGAGGACCACACCAAUUGAUUUGUGUAGGUGCUUAGGACUGCCUGGCUGGAUGCUCAGUCUGUCCCCGUCAUUGGUGAUUUUUAUCAUGCCAUCAAAGAUUUUGGCACUAAUGUGAUUGACCUGUAGUGACAGUCCUUGGUAAAUGUGUUGUGUGAUUCACUGAUCUUCCAGCUCUGAA